UUCCGGUAAAAGCGUGUUUCUACGACAUAACACAACAGUUGAAGGUACAAUUGUAAAAUAUAAACUAAUUUGACUAUUUGAUAAACACGGGUCGCAAAGGAUGCUAACGAUAUUAAAAUUAAUGGUGACGUUGAAGAAAACGACCAGCAGGAGAUAAUAAGGCCGCAGUGAUAGCUCCGAGUACAUACGUAUAAUUGCGCCGCGUGUAUAUAUAGCAGUGAGUUCUCUCUUGAGAACUCUCUCUCUCGCAGAGUCCCGUCCCAUACGUUCUGUGUUUAUCAAAAUAUCUGAAAGUGACUUGGACACAAGCGGGUCACUGCUGAAGACUCUCUCAUUUGCUUCGAAUUGUCAGGAGAAACAUGGCUAAGGACAAUCUCACGGCUAUACUGUAUGGCAUCAACGAUUUGCGCCUGGAAAACACAAGUAUCGAAGAACCAGAAGACAAUGAGGUAUUGUUGGAAAUGGGAUGCGUAGGAAUUUGUGGGUCGGAUGUUCAUUAUCUUGUUGAUGGUAGAAUCGGUGAUUUUAUAGUGAAGAAACCCAUGAUUAUCGGUCAUGAGUCUUCCGGAACUGUCGCCAAACUUGGAAAAAAUGUCAAGAAUUUAAAAAUCGGCGAUCGUGUUGCUAUCGAACCUGGUGUGCCUUGCAGAAUGUGUACGUUCUGCAAAGAGGGACGUUAUAAUUUGUGCAAAGAUAUUGUGUUUUGCGCAACUCCGCCUGUGCAUGGCAGUUUAAGACGUUUCUACAAACAUGCAGCUGAUUUUUGCUUCAAAUUGCCCGAUCAUGUGAGCUUAGAGGAAGGAGCGCUUUUAGAGCCAUUAUCAGUGGCAGUACACGCUUGCAAACGAGGCGAGAUUGGAAUCGAUUCUAAAGUAUUAAUUCUUGGAGCUGGCCCGAUUGGUUUGGUAACAUUACUGGUAGCCAAAGCCAUGGGCGCUAGUAAAGUAGUUAUCACGGAUAUCGUGGAAAGUAGACUGAACAUAGCAAAGAAACUUGGCGCUGACGACACGUAUCUGGUGCGAAAGGAUAGAUCGGAAAAGGAUACAGUGGUUGACAUUCAUACAAUCUUCGAGGGUGAACCUAAUAGGACGAUAGACGCCUCUGGUGCACAAGCCUCGAUUCGUUUAGCAAUUCUCGUGACCAAAUCUGGCGGAACCGUGGUAUUAGUGGGACUGGGUGCACCAGAGGUACAAGUUCCACUAAUAAGCGCUCUGAUAAGAGAAGUCGACAUCAGGGGUGUCUUCCGAUAUGUAAAUGACUACAGCGACGCAUUGGAGCUCGUCGCUUCUGGUAAGGUAAACGUGAAGCCAUUGAUCACUCACAAUUUCAAGAUAGAGGAAACCAAGCAGGCGUUUGAAACCAGCAGGACUGGGGCAGGUGGAGCUAUUAAAGUUAUGAUUCAUUGUAAAUAGACAAAUCGUAGCGGAAAUACUGGAUCAUGAUUUUCUGCGAGGAAUACUAUGCAAUAAGUUUAUAUUUUUUCGUGUGUGUGUGUGUGUGUGGAAUAUGUUAAACUAAAUUUUACUAUUAAAAGCAUAUAUAAAUAAUUUUUUUUAAUUUGAUGUUUGUCUUAAUAGGGAAAAAUAUCUGGAUAUAUUUAUGUCAACAUAUAUCACUUAUUACAAAUUGGCAGGACGUUUUAACAAAUGUUUUUUAUCGUGUUAUCUUGUAUAAACCCAGACAACACAAAGUCAAAAAUUACAAGAUGUCUUUAAGACUAUUUUUGGGAAAUGUGUCUUACGAUUUUUAGUCAUUCUUAAGACGUCUUAUGAUUCAAUUUGAGACUUUGUGUCUGGGAACAUUAAGCUAUAUGAAAUUCUGAUUAUACAUCUUUUGCUUGGCAAGCAAUUGAAUGGUAACAAGUAUUCCUAAAUUGUGUUUAUAGAAAUCGCAUAAAUACGUACGCUAUUGUUGGAUGCGUACAAUGGCUCAAAGAAAAAAGAAAUGAUAAAGUAGCGCCUGAUAUAUUCAAACUGGUGAAUUUUAGUUAAUAACAAUGUUUACAUUAGUUGACAUUAUUUUCACAAUAACGACGUUGUUUAACUAUUACAAGCAAUAAAGUUUUAUUUUCGAAUA